UUACUCCGCGAAGAAGAAGCUGCCGACGACAGCAAAGACGACACAGCCCAGCAGCCAAUCACACGGCAGGAAGAAGAUGGCGGAAUCGGAGCUGACCGUUAGGAGCUGUCGAGAAUUAUGGACCAUCCUGCUGGGAAGAUCUGCGUUACGAGAGACGGCUCAGAUAGAUGCAGAGCUGGACAGACACAGAGACAGACUGCAUCAAGGUCUCCGUUACUACAAACCACCCAGUUCAUCGUCUGCUGGGAAAGUGAAGGACAACAAAGAAGUUGCACAGCCACUGAAGGAUUUUGGUUUGAGGAUCAGUAAACUGGUGGCCCUUGAUGAGCAGCAGAGUGUGCAGCUUUUACAGUGCUACCUACAGGAGGAUUACAGAGGAACCCAGGAUUCAUUAAAGGUUGUUCUCAAGGAUGAGCGACAAAGCCAAGCACUGCUACUGAAGAUAGCUGACUAUUACUAUGAGGAGCGCAUGUGUCUGCUCAGAUGUGUCCUCCUCUUGCUGACAUACUUUCAGGAUGAGCGACAUCCAUACAGGGCUGAGUACUCUAACUGUGUCAAUAAGCUGGAAAAAGACCUGGUGAGCAACUACCAGUCACAGUUUGAGAGCCUCUUCAAAGCAGAACCACCAACAUGGGAAACUCAUGGAAAUCUCAUGACGGAGAGGCAGGUGUCCCGGUGGUUCCUGCAGUGUCUGAGAGAACAGUCUCUGCUGCUGGAGAUCAUAUUCCUGUAUUAUGCUUACUUUGAGAUGAGGCCGUCCGACCUGCUGAGCUUCACAAAGAUGUUCAAGGAGCAGGGGUUUGGUUUGCGGCAGACAAACAGACACCUAGUAGACAAAAGCAUGGACUCAUUGGUUGACCGCAUUGGAUAUCUGAGCUCUCUCAUCCUGGUUGAAGGAAUGGACAUAGACUUCCUGCACAAAUGUGCCCUAGAAGACUCUACAGAGCAGCAUCAGUUCUUCAGUGCUCCAGACGUCAUCAAGGAGAUGAGUCAGUUGCUGAUGACAUUCGGGGACAUCCCUCAUCACGGGCCAGUGCUGCUCGCUUGGGUCCUGCUGAGACACACAUUGAGACCGGACGAGUCCAGCCCCGUGAUCCGGAGGAUAGGCAACACUGCUCUGCAGCUGGGGGUGUUCAAGUACCUUUCAACCAUGUUGAAAGGCCUUGGAGUCUCAGGGAAUAAUUGCACGGCAAGCACAGCAAAGAUGUGUAUCUACGGACUCCUCUCAUUUGUGAUCACUUCUUUCGAAGAAGAAAGCUUACAGACUGACGGUGUGGCGACGCAGUGCUCCCACCUGAUCGAUGCAGCUUGUGAGGUCCUUUCUGCUCCCAAUCUACCCGAAGUCUUUUGGGAAAUGAAACCAAACAUGGGAUUGGGAAUGAUCCUGGACAGUGCGGUUGGGAUGUUCCCUCAUAAGAUUGGACCACUGUUACAACUUCUGACUGCGCUUCUGUCAAACAAGUUGACAGUUAAAAAGGUGUACAACUUUUUGGAUAAGAUGUCCUUCUACACACAAGUUUACAAACAUAAACCAAAUGACAUCAUCUCCAAGGAUGAUGAGACUUUGUGGAGGAGACAAACGCCAAAGCUCCUCUAUCCUCUCGGAUCAGGGCAGGCUAAUCUGUGGCUGCCACAGGGAGUGCUCGGCCAGGUGAUGUUAGCAGGUGAACAGGGCUAUGUGGUGCGCUGGGACCACUCCUACAGCGCCUGGACUCUCUUCACGUGUGAGGUGGAGAUGCUGCUCCAUGUAGUUUCCACAGCAGAUGUUAUAGCUCACUGUGUACGUGUGAAACCCAUCCUGGAUCUGGUUCACAAGAUCAUCAGCACAGACUGGACGGUGUCGGACUGUCUGCUGCCUCUCACUUCACGAAUCUACAUGCUGCUGCAGAGGUUGACAUCAGUCAUCAACCCUCCAGUGGAAGUUAUUGCCUCCUGCGUGAACUGCCUCUCUGUUCUGGCUGCAAGGAAUCCUGGAAAAGUGUGGUCCAGUCUGCACCACACUGGCUUCCUCCCCUUCGCCUCCAACCCUUUGACCACCAUGGCUCAGUGUGUGAGUGCUGAGGGGAUGAAGGCAGGUAACUAUGGCAACCUGCUGGUCCAGAUUGAACAGCCCAGGGGGGAGUAUUCUGUGACCAUCGCCUUCCUUCGUCUCAUUACAACCCUGGUCAAGGGUCAGCUUGGCAGCACUCAGAACAAAGGCCUGAUCCCGUGUGUGUUGCUGGUUCUGAAGGAGAUGUUGCCUACGUACCACAAGUGGCGCUACAACACCUACGGAGUCAGGGAGAAGAUAGGUUGUCUCAUUUUGGAGCUGAUUCACGCUAUUCUCAAUCUGAGCCCAGAGGGAGAAGAUCAGGGCAGCACCCCCACCCUGCAGUCUCUGUGCAUCUACUGCCUGGCAAACACUGAGGCUGGACAGGCUGUCGUCAAUAUCAUGGGAGUUGGAGUUGACACAAUAGAUUUGGUCCUGGCUGCGCAGCCCAGCAGCUGUGGCUCUGAGGGUCCUGGUCAGACCCUGAUCCAGACGGUCAAAUUGGCCUUCUCUGUCACAAACAACGUCAUCCGCCUGAAGCCGCUGUCCGAUGUUGUAUCCCCGCUGGAGCAGGCGCUGACACAGCACGGGGGUCACGGCAACAACCUCAUUGUUGUUCUGGCCAAGUAUAUUUACCACAAACAUGAUCCGGCGCUGCCUCGCCUUGCAAUCCAGUUGCUCAAAAGACUUGCCUCAGUGGCUCCCAUGUCAGUCUACGCCUGCCUUGGAAGCGAUGCAUCAGCCAUCCGAGAUGCGUUUCUCACUCGGCUGCAGAGCAAAACCGAAGACAUGAGGAUCAAGGUCAUGAUCCUUGAAUUUCUCACUGUUGCUGUAGAAACUCAGCCCGGCCUCAUCGAGCUGUUCCUCAACCUGGAAGUUAAAGAUGGCAGCGAGGGCUCAAAGGAGUUUCUUCUUGGUGAGUGGAGCUGUCUUCAUGUAGUGUUGGACCUGAUUGAUUCCAAACAACAGGGGAAAUAUUGGUGUCCUCCUCUGCUCCACCGAGCUGCCCUGGCGUUCCUUCUCGCCCUCUGGCAGGAUCGCAGAGACAGUGCCAUCUCCGUCUUACGUGCCAAAGAACGUUUUUGGGAGAAUCUGAUGACGCCUCUCUUUGCAACCCUCACCCCACCUUCAGACACCACAGAGCCUUGUGUUCUGGAGACGUGUGCUUUUGUCAUGAAAAUCAUCGGCCUGGAGAUCUACUAUGUUGUCAGUGGCUCAUUAGAGCAGUCUCUGAAGGAUGGGCUGCAGAAGUUCUCCAACGCACAAAGAUAUGAGUACUGGUCCCAGUAUGUGAAGUCUCUGGUGUGUCACGUUGCUGAGAUGGAAGAAGAUGGAAUCUGUCAUUUUCAAGAGACCCAGAUGUUGAUCUCUGCCUGGAGGAUGCUGUUGAUUCUUUCCACCAGCCACUCUGAUGUGAUGCAGCUCACUGUGGACUCCACUAAGCUGAAGCUGUUCAUGGACGUCCUGGAUGGGACGACAGCAGCUCUGACGACCCCCUCCUCGUCUGUGCCUUGCCUUGGUCUUGGGUCCAUGAUGACCACGCUGCUGCUCAUCCUCCUCAAGCAGUGGAGAGGAGUGGUAGCAACGGCUCCUGACAUCCUGUCUCCCCUCUCCUUGAUCCUGGAGAGCAUCCAAGCUAACCAGCAGAUAAUGGAUAGGACCAAAGCUAAAAUCUUCUCUGCACUCAUUUCUGUGCUGCAGAUUCAGGGACUCAACGGUGGGGAUAUUUCCCAGCUGCCCCAGCUGUUGCUGUCAGUGUGUGAGACAGUGAAAGACGAGGCGCUGGCGCUCAUUGACAACACUCGCCACAUGAGCCAGACCGCAGACACAAUGGAGGACGAGGACAGCAUGGAGACCGAGUCUGCCCGCGGCCCCCAGAAGGACCAAAGAGACGGGGUGUGUGUGCUGGCGCUGCACUUGGCGAAGGAGCUGUGUCGCAGCGAUGAGGAUGGUGAGCACUGGGUGUCCGUGAUGAGGAAUGUUCCGGUCCUUCCCUCAGUGCUCAGCGCGGUCGAGCUCAGCCUUCGCUCCAAACACAACCUCUACUUCACUGAGGCUGCUCUUCAUCUGCUGCUCACACUGGCCCGCACUCCACAGGGAGCAGCAGCCGUUGCUGCAGCAGGAGUCAUCCAAACCAUCUGCCUCCCUCUUCUGAGCGUAUACGAGGUCCCUUCCAAUGAAGCAUCACAGAGUUUCUCCCGCAAGUCCCAGGACUCCGCCUGCUGGCCGGGUGUGUACCGCCUGUGCAUGUCUUUAAUGGAGAGUCUGCUCAAGACUCUGCGCUACAACUUCAUCAAUGAAGCUCUGGACUUUGUUGGAGUGCAUCAAGAGCGCAUUCUACAGUGUCUGAACGCAGUGCGAACAGUGCAGAGUCUGUCGUGUUUGGACGAGGCCGACCACACAGUCGGCUUCCUGCUGCAGCUCUCCAGCUUCUGCAAGGAGUGGCAGUUCCACCUCCCCAAACUGCUGCGGGACAUCCAGGUCAACCUGUGUUAUCUGUGUCAGACCUGCACGUAUCUGCUCCACAGCAAGAAGAUGCUUCAUCACUACCUCCAGGCUAAAAACGGUGAGGCCUUGCCCCCCGCUCCCCUCCGCAGGACACAGCGCCCCCCACAGACCCCGUCUAAAGAGGCACCGGGUGGAGGAGAGAGGGAGGAGGCAGAGCAGAAAGCCCUGCUGGCCGUGCAGUGCAGUUUACUGAAGAUCCUCAGCAAAACGCUGGCCACCCUGCAGCACUUCACUCCGGACUGCUGCCAGAUCCUCCUGGACCAGUGUAUGGACUUGGCCGAGUACAGGACCCUGUUUGUUCUCAGCUUCACGACGCCGGCGUUUGACCCCGAUGUGGCUCCUUCCUUUGGAACCCUGCUGGCCACCAUCAACGUGGCUCUGAGCAUGUUGAGUGAGAUCGAGAAGAAGAAAGAGCCGGUGUCUCUGAGCAUCACCUCUCUAGCUUCAUCAGAGGAGAUCCAGGCUCUGAAGUCGCUGCUCAUGUUCACCAUGGAGAACUGCUUCUACGUCCUCAUCUCUCAGGCUGCGCGCUGUCUCAAAGAUCCCUCCAUCCUCCCUCGAGACAAACAGAGGCUCAAACAGGAGCUCAGCUCCGAACUGAGCACUCUUCUCUCUAGCUUGUCCCGCCACUUCCGCCGGGGCUCUCCAUCAUCGCCGGCCAGCGGCAUCCUCCCCUCCUCCCAGUCCAAACCACCCACACCAGGCUCCAAGGGAAGCCAUGAAGGUCAGGAGCCGUUCAUCCAGCUCGUCCAGGCAUUUGUCAGACUCGUGCAGAGAUAGAAGACACGAUCUGGAACCUGGGCAGGUUCCCCUCCCCAAGAACAAUUACUCUUUUACAAAGGAACAUUGUUGUACCUCCAGUAGAGUUCUACUGGUGUUAGGCCUCAUGUCUGAUGUCAGUUGAUGCAGUAGUUAAAAUAUCACAGAUUCUGACCUGAGUGUUUAUUCUAAUAUUGUGAUAACUGGGGCCAGACCUUAAACAUUUAAUUUUGCCAAAACUGAUGUAACUGAAUUUGUCAUGAACACAACCAAAGUGUCAAAAACCCGUCUGGAGACAUCGUGGUGCUAAAGAUCAGUCGCUGACUGGAGUCCAUCUUUCCAAGGCCUAGUUUUAUAGGCCACGCUGAAAUGUAAUUGAUCAGACAUGUUUCAAGUGCUCCUUAACCAAUUAGACCUUUCAAAUGGAAUCUCCUGUAUAUUCACCAAUUGUAGUAGAACAGCUAGCUCUGCAAGGCUGCUCUACUUUUUCUAAUUCUCUUAUUUUCUCUAAAUCUUGAUCUGAACUUUGCUAUUUUCUUAUCUGUUUCUCCUUGUAUACAUUUGAAAGCAGCUGCCAACAUUUGUACUUAAAAAGUGUAUGUUAAUAAAGGGAAUUGAGUACCACA